AUGGUACAGCCGCUAUUUUUUGCGGGGCAACGAUGCUCAGUCAUAUCCAGUAUAUUGUCAGAUUCCAAAGAAUCGAUCAAUGAUGACUAUGACAUCAUGUCUGCAACGACAUCACCGCUACGUUCGCAAUCUUCAAUAAACUGCACUCCGUACAUUAGGCAGCUGCCUCCGGCAGCAGUAGACUGUUUAAACACACUCUACAGGAACAAUGGAGAGGGUACCGACUCUCUUAAGUCAGUCAAGGGAGCUAAUGAACACUCAAUGGCACGUGGCCAGGCUGUGAUGAAUGACGGUGGUGGAAAUUCGAACGUUACCGUCGACCACAGGAAACCUAGCGAUAUGGCAACACCUAUAACAACCUGCAAGAUGACAUCUUUGAACAUUAACAGGAGGUGUUAUCCCCAAGAACAACUAGAGCCUGGCAUCAACUUGGAUUAUACAAACGAUGAUCAGGUCCCAACACGUACGCCAACGCUCACUCGUCAAACCACAGACAAACAGUCUAGCAGUACAGGAUCGUGGAAUUCGGAAGCAGAUCCAGCAUUAGACAUAUCACCAUUUGUAAAAUCAUCCAGAUAUGGACAACAUGAUCAAAAGUUCAAAUUAGUAUGGCUACCAAAUACAGAAGUUAGCAGCCUUAUGAGAGUACCCAGCAUCGCACAACUCUCAAAAAAACUAUCGAAAAAUGCAGAAUUGUUAUAUCUGGUAUACACACCAGGGGGUAUGGAUAUCAUCCAGGAUGCAAGCGCUAUAGUAGAUCUAGAAAAAAGACAGAAUCAUACACCAUUUGUUAUAUUGUACUCAUAUAGCUUCAAAAGUAUGUACUUCAAAGUGGUAGGACGAGAACUCGAUGCAUCAUCUACAAUAACAUUCGGAGAGGACGGUGAACCUACUUCAAUCACAAACGAAGACGAACUGGGAACAGGAACUUCGUCCAGGCGUAGAGCAAGAGCAUACAAUUCAGACAGUAACUAUGUAUUCUAUCGAAGCUACUUGUAUGGCCGAGAUGACGAUCAACAGGCACUCCAAAUCAAAAUGUCGGUGCGCAGUCUAAAAGAGGCGGGAUUAGACAUGAGAGAAACGCCUAUACAGGCUAUGGAAAAUGGACGAACGCGCUCAACACCCACCAAUCGAACUCCUAAAAACAGGAUAUUUAGAAACAGUUCGGUGGAUAGUGAACAACUGAAUAGCUUUACAGAAUGUAUUGCUCGUUCACAAUCGGAGUUGUCAUCGAUGCGUUCUCUCGAAUCACUACAAUUCGACGGAGGCGUACCUCCGGAGGGGUCAGCGACGCAAGAAACGGUUCAAAGGUCAGCGAGACAUGGCAACUGGGUAUAUGCAACUGUUGACGACCAUAAUUCCGACGAUGAAAUAAUAUGCGGGUUGCCCAGUGUACUAUGGACGGAACUAAGAAGAUUGCUCGGUACCGAUGGGAAUAUCACACUACCACAGUGCAAUGUAUCGAUGGCAAAUCAUCGUAUGGAGGCCAUGAUCAAACGCAACUUUGAAUUGUAUGAUCAGAACUACGAACAAAUCAGUACCGAUGUUAUACAUGACCUGCAACCAGCAUCAUGCGAAGAACAAAAUCAUGGCACAAUGUAUCAGAUUGAUGACUUCACGGUUAGAGUUGGAGAUGUACUGGUAGUGAAGUUUCCUACGACAUACAGGGUAUGGCACAUGGAAGAGGACGUGGUGAAAAUCUAUGAUAACGAUACGUUAAAGCGUUGCUUCGAUACACUCGCAACGCUAGGAGACGAAAAACCCACGGACAUCACAGUAGAACUGGCGCAAUACUGUCCAAAUAUAUUCUGGAACCUGGUAUUUGGUGGUGAUCUCGACGAUAUGUUGCGUAAGAUGGCACCUAAUGUGUACGGGACCGCGAGGAAACGUAGACGCGCAGCAGUUAAAAAUGAUGCAACUUCAUUGUCCACAAGACGUGGAUUAACUACAAGACGCUUCAGUGAUACGCCAGUAUUCGAUAACAACUUCGUUAUUAUGCAAAAUAUGUUCGAGCAAGAUGCACAGGUCAAAAUACAACGUCUUGAAAAAAUACGUGACCAACAAAGAGAUUCUAACGGGAAACUCGCCCGCAGUAUAUUAAGCAAAUACUUGGAUGACGAUGAACUUAUAGCAGCCGUUAUGGACCCCGACGGGUUCCUUAUCAAGAGCAUGCAGAUACUGACACCGGCACAGAAAACGGUAGUCUAUAGCACGUGCCUACGAAGGGGACUGUACGCACCGGUACGGUUGGAUUACCUACCUAAGAAGGGACGCGCAGUAUUCGCUGCAUACGAUAUAGGCAAGGAUGAGUUUGUCGUCGAGUACAAGGGCCAUAUCAUCACCGAGAAAAUGGCAAAAUUCAGGGACCAAAAAUACGACAAAUCGAAGUCAUAUAAGGGGUCGUACGUGUUCUACUUCAAAGUACACACAAAGCGUUAUGGAAUUGACGCAACUGAAGAAGAUAUCAAGUUCGGCCCUGCUAGACUUAUCAAUCACUCACGCAAAAACCCAAAUGUUGUUCCUAAAGCCUUAGAGAUUGAUGGAUGCCCGCGACUGUUUUUUGUUGCGAAACGCGAUAUUAAAAGCGGGGAAGAACUACUGAUCGACUACGGCGAACGUGACCCUUACGUUAUCAAAGGCAACCCGUGGUUGCUAGACUAA